AUGUCAUCCGCCGCCUCAUCAUCAUCAUCAUCAUCAUCAUCAUCCACUCAAAUGCCUAUACAACCCCUACGCAAUCCUAAAUAUCGUCAUAUAUCCAAAUCUGCUUCUAAGAGAGAAUCAGUCCAGAUGUUGGGAUCCAUCAAAGAUCUCCAACUACAUUUCUCUCGUGCUGGUUUAGUAGAACAUCGUCCUGGUACAGGUGUAGGUCUUAAAUCUUCUGGACUGAACACACUUGGUCAAUUAGGUGAAGAUGAGGAAGAACAAGGUGAAGAAGAGAAUAGACCUCCGACUGCAGGACCUGGUUUAGAAGUUAAGAUAGAAAGGAAACCUUGGAAAGAAGUUGACUUACCUAGAAUAGAUCCUGAAGAUGCUAGAAAGGAAGCUAAAAAUAUCAUCAAUCAAGUUAGAGAUAUUUGGGGUUUAUCAUUACCUUCCUCAUCACUAUCACCGCUACCGACCUCCCCCUUAUCACCAAAUCGAGAUCCAAAUCAAUCUUCAGGUUCUAAUUCUGGUUCUGGUUCUGGUUCUGGUUCUGGUUCAGGUUCAGGUUUGACAUCAAGUAAAUCAUUAUACUUCCCAAGUAAUCUCAAUUUAGAUGAUUUUUUAAAGUUACAACAUGAAAAUAACCUACGUACAUCCCAAGAUAUUCAAUCUGCCCUAGUGACUACCGCACAAUCAAUUAGACGUAUCAGAUUCUUAGCCUUAUCAAUCUCACACGCUACUACAGCGGCCAACGGAGGUAGGAAAGUCUCCGGAUCAUCUUUAUUCUCAUCUAGGUUCCUGGGAACAAAUACCAAUAAAUUGAGAUCAACUUUCUCUACUCCUUCUAGACCGAGUGGAGGUAGACCACCUCGAGGUAUUUCUGGACCCAACACGAAUCAAAAUGAAAGGAAAUCUAGUCUUGGUAGACUUGAAGAGAGCGAUAAACAGGAUGUUUUAGGUGAAUUGAGAAAAGCUGCUUUGGAAGUAUUGACUGCUCUAAGAGAAUUAGAGGAGAGAUUGAGAUUGGAAAAUAUGGAUAAGGAUGGAAUGGAUUCGCUUGUGGUACAGGAUGAUUCGCAAAGAUCCAUCUCACCAUCCAUUGGAUCAAGCUCAGGAUUGGUUUCUGAUGAACCCGAAGGAUAUGAUUCUGAAGAUGAUGAUUUGUUCAACCCUAAUAACUUGGCGAAUUCGAAUAAUGAUAAUGGGACAAUAACGACUUCAUGGGAAGACCGUAUCCUGAAAGAAAAAAGGGAAUACAAAGAUUUAGGUGAUAUAGCAUGGGAAAAAGAAGCUAGGAAUACAAGGGAAAAUAUGGGUAAAUGGGUCGGUGUAGUUGAAAACUUGUUCUUGUUUCAAAAGAAUGAUUUGGAAACGAAAGAUGAAGAUUGGGUGAAAGGGGACCAUCAAGAAUGGAUAGGGAAAGAAUUAGAACAACUACAUUCUUUUUUGAUCUCAAACUUACCUCUAGAUCUGACUUUACGUCUUCCUUCAACAGAGUCGGAGAACUUCGAUGACACCUUGUUAUCGAGAUUGUCCGAUGGAUAUAUCCUCAUUCAUGCCUACAACUCCUCUUUAUUGCGAUCAUCCAAACCAUGGGGCUUUAUACCCGACGAAGAUGUUCACGAUACUUUAUCAUCGUUAUCAAACAAUGGACAAAUUUCACCGUCAAAAAUAGCGAAUGCAAAUGACGAGGGUAAAAAAGAGAAGGAGUGGACAUUUAGGAAAGUUGGUAACCUGACUUGUUUCGCAGCCGCUUUAAGACACCGAUAUCAACUUCCCAUUUCUAUGCCAAUCACUUCACUUCCGUUGCCACCGCCAAACACCAAAUCAAGACCAUCGAUAUCAGCUUCGAACGUGAACUCAGCUACAAAUUCAAAUUCAACAAAAGAGAAAGAAGAGAAAAUCGAAUUUGAUCCUAUGAUAAUUGCAAGAAAAUCCCAAGGAUGGGAAAGGAUGUUGCGAUCUUUACUUGAAAGAUGGUUAUGUGAAGUUGUCAAUGAAGUCAGGGAAGCUAAAGGUUUACUUCAAGAAAGGGAUGUUAGCUUGAAGAGGGGUGGGAUGGUUUAG